AGCAGCAGAAGCCAACAUCUGUGGGUUUGUGUGUCUCUGUCCGGAGCCUCAGAGCAGUGUGGACUGACGGCCUGUGUGCUCUGACUCAGUGUAGCCACUUCCAGAGAUUGUUUCAGCGUGGAGACUUUACUGGAUUAAAGUGAGUUAGACUUGGAUAGAUUGAUAGGUCCCAGUGUUACUGUAGAAUAGAGAGACAGUUCUGUGUGAGAGAUAGUUUGUGACUGACCGUAAGGCUGUGUAUUUAUCUGCAGACAGUGGAGUUGGCUCGACUACAGCUACAGUUCAGUGACCACGCUUCACUGACUCAACCCGUGGAUGUCACAAUGCUAUGUCCAUGUUGAGGAAGCCUUUCUGUUCCGGGCUGUUCUACUGGAUGAGGCUGGAGCUGGAUGUGUUUCUCUCCUUUCCUUUCCUGGACUGUGAUUGUGGUGAUCUCACUGCUGGAGACAUAGGAAGCCCUGUCUUCAGCUCUUCUCACAUUCUCUGUCAUCUGGUCUCUACUAGUGCUGGCUGCCUGCCUGUAGAGAGCAGAGCAGAGCUCACUCUGUUCUGUGGAGCUUGCUUCACUGCCUGGACUGGACUUUAUAACGAGGAUGUUUACCCAUAUAAGAGGAUCUAUUGCUGUUGUGUAAAAAGGGAGCCGUUGUGAGAGACGGUAACGUUCCCUAGAAAGGGCCCAGACCCCGCCACUGCCAAGUCAUGGCCCCUCGCAAGCGUCCAGGGCGGGGCCUCUCCGAUAUAUUCUGCUGUUUUAAAGGGAGUGAUCACCCGGAGAUCACCUACCGCCUCCGCCAUGACAGUAACUUCACCCUACAGACCAUGGCGCCAUCCCUGCCCAUGCCGCCUGAGGAGGAGCUGGAUGCCAUGUUCUCUGAGCUUGUGGAUGAGCUGGACCUGUCAGGGAAACACAGGGAAGUCAUGUUCGCCCUGCCAGCUGAGAAGAAAUGGCAGAUGUACUGCAGCAAGAAGAAGGAGGGAGAAGAGAGCAAAGGUGCGACUAGCUGGCCAGAGUUCUACAUCGACCAGUUGAAUUCCAUGGCUGCUAGGAAGACUCUUAUUGCUCUGGAAAUGGAGGAUGAGGAAGAGAGGAACAAGACCAUAGAGAGCUUGAAGACCGCUCUAAGGACUCAACCCAUGAGGUUUGUGACGCGGUUCAUCGACCUGGACGGCCUAACCUGCAUCCUGAACUUCCUGAAGAGCAUGGACUACGAGACCACCGAAUCCCAGAUCCACACGUCGCUGAUCGGCUGCAUCAAGGCUCUGAUGAACAACUCCCAGGGCCGCUCCCAUGUGCUCUCUCACACAGAGAGCAUCAACAUCAUUGCCCAGAGCCUGGCCACUGAGAACGUCAAGACCAAGGUGGCGGUGCUGGAGAUCAUGGGCGCUGUUUGUCUGGUGCCAGGAGGCCACAGGAAGAUCCUGGAGGCCAUGCUGCACUACCAGAAGUUUGCAUGCGAAAGGACUCGCUUCCAGACUCUGCUGAAUGACCUGGACAAGAGUACGGGGCGCUACAGGGACGAGGUCAAUCUGAAAACAGCCAUCAUGUCCUUCAUCAAUGCAGUGCUCAGUCAGGGAGCAGGGGAGUCAAGCUUUGAGUUCAGAAUUCACCUGAGGUACGAGUUCCUUAUGUUGGGCAUCCAGCCGGUCAUCGAUAAACUGAGGUCCCACGACAACUCAACGUUAGACAGGCAUUUGGACUUCUUUGAGAUGCUGAGAAACGAGGAUGAACUGUCUUUGGCAAAACGCUUUGACACCGUGCACAUUGACACAAAAAGUGCCACACAAGUGUUUGAACUCAUAAAGAAGAAGAUGAGCCACACAGAUGCACACCCACACUUUAUAUCUGUCUUACAACACUGUCUCCUUAUGCCUUACAAGCGUAGUGGGAACACGGUGCAGUACUGGCUCCUCCUGGACCGUAUCGUCCAGCAGAUCGUCCUGCAGAACGACAAAGGUCAUGACCCUGACGUCACCCCUCUGGAGAACUUCAACGUGAAGAACGUGGUGCGAAUGCUGGUUAACGAGAAUGAAGUCAAACAGUGGAAAGAACAGGCUGAGAAAAUGAGAAAAGACCACCAUGAGCUGCAGCAGAAGUUUGACAAGAAGGAACGUGAAUGUGACGCCAAGACCCAGGAGAAGGAGGACAUGAUGCAGACGCUGAAUAAGAUGAAGGAGAAGCUGGAGAAAGAGUCCAGUGAGCACAAGCAGGUCAAGCAGCAAGUGGCCGACCUCUCCGCCCAGCUGCAUGACCUCAGCACUAGACCAAAUCCAAGUGUUCCUGGUGGUCCUCCAUUCAUACCUGGGGCCCCUGGAGGUCCCAUACCCCCACCUCCCAUGCAGGCUGGCAUGCCCCCAGCCCCUCUACCACUCACUCAGGGCAUGCCUCCACCACCACCACCACCCCCUCCACCCGGUGGACCCCCACCGCCUCCGGGCAUGGCUCCCUUCGGUCUCCCUCCUCCCCCUGGAGCUCCAAUGGGACCUGGGCUUAAGAAGAAGAACAUCCCCCAGCCCUCCAACCCACUCAAGUCAUUCAACUGGGCCAAGCUGGCUGAGAAUAAGCUGGAGGGCACUGUGUGGACGGACGUCGAUGACAUCAAGGUUUUCAAAAUCCUGGACCUUGAGGACAUCGAGAAGACCUUCUCUGCAUACCAGAGACAGCAGGACUUCUUAACAUUGAACAAUAAGAAAGAGUCUGAAGAUGACACAGUGACCUCCAAGAAGGUCAAGGAGCUGUCAGUCAUCGACGGUCGCAGAGCCCAGAACUGUAACAUCCUCCUCUCUCGGCUGAAGCUGACCAAUGAGGAGAUCAAGAGGGCCAUACUGACUAUGGACGAACACGAGGAUCUGCCCAAGGACAUGCUGGAGCAGCUGCUGAAGUUUGUCCCAGAGAAGAGUGACGUGGAUCUCCUGGAGGAGCACAAGCAUGAGCUGGACCGCAUGGCCAAGGCUGACCGCUUCCUCUACGAGAUGAGCAGAAUCAACCACUACCAGCCAAGGCUGCAGUCUCUCUACUUCAAAAAGAAAUUUGCUGAAAGAAUCGUCGAAGUCAAACCUAAAGUUGAAGCACUGAUCAGGGCAUCUAAAGAAGUGCUGCAGAGCCGCAAUCUCAAGCAGCUUCUGGAGGUGGUCCUGGCCUUUGGUAACUACAUGAACAAGGGUCAGAGGGGGAACGCCUAUGGCUUCAAAGUGUCCUCACUCAACAAGAUUGCUGACACCAAGUCCAGCAUUGACAAGAACAUCACUCUGCUGCAUUACCUGAUCACCAUCCUGGAGGAGAAGUAUCCCAAAGUGGCCGUGUUCCAGGAGGAGCUUCAGAGUGUUCCAGAGGCAGCCAAAGUCAAUAUGACAGAGCUGGAGAAAGACAUCAACAACUUGCGCUCUGGACUGAAGAGUGUGGAGACGGAGCUGGAGUUUCAGAGAGGUCUUCCUCAGGUUUCGGGUGAUAAGUUUGUGUCUGUGGUGAGCCAGUUCAUCACCAUGGCCAGCUUCAGCUUCUCAGACGUGGAGGAUUCUUUGACCGAGGCCAAGGAGCUGUUUUUGAAGGCAGUGCAGCAUUUCGGUGAGGAUGCAACCCGUAUGCAGCCUGACGAGUUCUUCGGAAUCUUCGACCAAUUCCUGCAGGCGUUCACAGAGGCCAAGCAGGAGAAUGAGAACAUGCGCAGACGCAAGGAGGAAGAAGAACGACGGGCCCGCAUGGAAGCACAGCUGAAGGAGCAGAGGGAGAAGGAGCGCAAGUCCAGGAAGGCUAAGGAGAACUGUGAGGAGGACGGUGAGUUCGACGACCUGGUUUCAGCCCUGCGCUCUGGGGAGGUGUUCGAUAAGGACCUGUCCAAGAUGAAACGCAACCGCAAGCGCGUCAACUCAUCAGCUGAAACCAGCAGGGAGCGGCCGGUCACGAAACUGAACCUCUAAAACAACUGAUGACUGAGCCUCUGUCCUACUGGAGCUAGGCUAUGCUGCCCUCUGUUGGCUUGGUAUGGGCCUAGCACCCCCUCAUUUUGGAGUGGACAGAACUCGCUACUAAAACGGAACUGAACUGUGCAGGAAACGUGGUGGACAGACCUCUACAUACUCUUCUGCUACUCAAGCAACAAUAACCCAGAGCUUGUGUCUGUCUGGAAACAGACAUUAACUCCUCUGAAAACCAUGAACUAUGGAUCAGGAGUGACUCUCUAAGCUAUUUGUGUUAACUGCUAAAACCUACAUUUUUUAAAUGCUUUGGUCUGAAUGACAGUUUUGCUCAUGUCCUGGAUGGGACACUUUAAUAGCAUAGGGCUGGUGCCCUGGAGUAGGACCCUCUUCUUGACCCUCGCUGCCUGCAAAGAUGACCAGGAGGUGGAAUGGAAGGCCAGGGAUAACACACACAGUAACCCUGGUGGAGACACGUUUCCUGUUUUAAACAGGGGAGAAUGUACUAGCCUUUGUGUAAAAUCUUUCCUGCUAUUGUGUUGAGUCAUACUCCCUUAAGGGUAUAGUAAAAGAUGUCAACCCCAUGCAAAGAAACAAUGUGUCUGUUGAAGCACAAUCCAGUAUGUAUGAAUGGUAAUGUUUUUGAGAUAAGCACAAAAGCAUAACAACAAGAUACACAUUUUGAUACUGUUUUUUUAUCACAAUUUUGCAAAGACCUAAUUUAGAUAUGUUUAAAACCAAAUCACAGAUGCAAUAUUACCAUUUUAUUAGAGCCCUAACUUUCACCUUUAGAAAAUAAUGUAUUAAAGCAGCAGCAAAAGAUGGGUCAAAAACUAAUGUAUAUUUUACUGUAGAUACAGUAUUGUAAAAGAGUAUAGGACCUAGUUUGAAGUUUUGAAAGGAUAUUGUCUCCGAUUCUAUUUGAUUUAAAGAGUUACCAAAAAGGGUUGCUCUACAUCUGGCCAUCCUGACACACAGUGUGGAUAUCAGUCUGGAAACUAUGCAUCCUAUACGUUUUUUCUUUGCGUUCAAUACUGUCAUGUAUGUGUAUAUAUUAUGUAUUGUGCCAAUUCCAGUGUCACCUUCUCACUAUGUUAUGUACAGCAGAAACCAUUCAGUUAUUUAGUCAGACCCAAUUAGUAAAACCCUUCUAAAACCUUUGGUCACAUUUCUACCAACACCCUCUUUACUUAACUGUGUGAUAGAUUUUCUGAUGUAGGUAUGUGGGUUCUUUCAAUACAGCUUUUUUAUUAUUUAAACAACUUUCUAUUUCCGAAACGGACUAAAGUAAUAAACCUGGAUGUCAAUUA